AUGGACCAUCACACUUCCUUCACUCGACGAUCCACCUCUGUUUUUCAUGCAUUGCUUACGACCAUCUUCCUUUUCGCUUCCCCUUCAACGUCCGAAAAAGCUCCAUAUACCACAUUUGCGAAAAGCGCCAUCCAAGCUCCGUUGGAGACAUCCUAUGACUACAUAGUAAUCGGGGGUGGGACUUCUGGAUGUGCAUUGGCUGCCACACUUUCACAAAGCGCAAAAGUUUUAGUACUCGAAAGAGGUGACUUGCCCUAUGGAAUCCCCUCCGUUAACACCAUAUACGGCUUCCUAGACACACUUGCUAACCUUGGUCCCACCUCAGCUUCUCAGACGUUUGUGUCCACAGACGGGGUGGUCAACCAAAGGGCUCGCGUUCUGGGUGGUGGAUCUGCCUUGAACGCGGGCUUUUUCACCAGGGCGAGUCCAGACUUUGUUAACCAAGCAGGGUGGGACCCGAAACUUGUGAAAGAGUCUUACGAGUGGGUGGAGAAGAAAGUUGCAUUUAAACCAAAAGUUAUGGCAUGGCAGGCCGCGGUUAAAGACGGAUUGUUAGAGGCCGGAGUGUUGCCCGAUAAUGGCUUUACUUUUGACCAUCUAUAUGGGACCAAAGUGGGAGGUAGCAUUUUUGAUGUGAAUGGGAGGAGACACACGGCCGCGGAUUUACUUGAGUAUGCUGACCCGAGCAACAUUACUAUUUACUUAAACGCUACGGUGCACCAAAUUUUAUUCAAAACGGAUGGACUAGUCCGAAGAGCUCAAGGAGUGUUGUACGAGGAUAUGGAUGGCAAAAAACACAAGGCAUUUCUGAAUGAAGGCUCGAUGAUGAAUGAAAUUAUAUUAUCAGCAGGGACACUUGGGAGCCCACAGUUGUUGAUGUUGAGUGGUAUUGGGCCUUCCGAGCAUCUAAAGAGCCAUGGGAUCGAAGUUGUUUUGGACCAGCCCAUGGUUGGACAGGGCUUAUCUGAUAACCCAAUGAAUCUAGUACUCGUUCCUUCUAAACAGCCCGUAGAGGUUUCACUGAUUGAGGUUGUGGGCAUUACCCGAUUCGGGAGCUUCAUUGAAUCUGCCAGUACCCAUAUUAACUUGCCAUUACUUCAAAAAAUCGGUUCAUAUUAUGAUAGACAUUUAGCUAACCAGCUUAACAAGAUAAAAUCCAUUAUUGGGCAUCGCUUUAACUUGGAUCUACAAGGACUUAAUGCCGGGAUCAUACUCGAAAAGGUGAUGGGCCCACUCUCUUUUGGAGAUCUUAAGCUUGAGACGAACAAUCCUAGUCAUAAUCCUAAGGUUACAUUUAACUAUUUUAACGACCCUAGAGACCUCCAAAGAUGUAUUCAAGGUAUGGAAAUGAUUGUGAAGGUGUUGGAAUCAAAAGCAUUGUCAAAGUUCCGAGAUCCUUCAAUCUCGGUUAGAGAGUUGUUGGCUUUGAUCGUUGCACUACCUCUCAACUUGAGACCUAGACAUGUCAAUGCCGCUUAUGAUUUAGAAAACUUUUGCAAAGACACGGUGAUGUCUAUAUGGCAUUACCAUGGAGGAUGUCAAGUCGAUAAAGUUAUUGAUCGUAACUAUAAAGUUAUCAGUGUGGAUGCGUUGCGUGUAAUUGAUAGUUCAACUCUACUGAAUUCUCCAGGAACAAAUCCGCAAGCUACUAUGAUGAUGCUCGGAAGGUAUAUGGGCUUACAAAUGAUAGCACAAAGAUCGGCAUUCGGAAAGAUGUAGAGAAAAAAAAAUGUUAUUCUCUUAAUUGAUUAUAUAUGAAGCACUCGUUUUCUUAUUUAUAUUUCUUUACAUUUCUUUUUUGGGGUUGAGACUGUGGUAUGUAUUUCAUAUAUUUGUUCAUG